UUAACAGGAUGGAGGGAUAGCCCUGCUGCCUGCCUGCCUAGUGGGCAACUAGAUGACUGAAUCUGAGGAUGUGGCAGGCAGAAAUCUAGGGCUGUAGUUGAAACAGGGACGCACAGCUGGGCUGAAACAGAUGUUUUGAAUAAGAGGCUAUUAGCGAAGAUAUUACAUUUCUUUAGGCGUUUGCACGGUGUUGGACGUUGACUUGGUAUCCAGAUGUAACGGUCUACAUGCAGUGAUUAGCUACAGAUCAAGCUGGUCAGCUUCCUUUGAUCAAUUUAUCCGAUCCAGCCAAUGGUAGUAUUGUUCGCCCGGAUCCAUUUGCACGGUCAAAAUAGUCUGACAAAAUGAUAACCAUGACGACAGAAAUCUCCACCUCCAUAAACAUCAAGGAGCCUCGAUGGGACCAAGGGACGUUUAUGGGCCGGGCUAAACACUUCUUCACCGUUACAGAUCCCCGCAACGUCCUGCUCACCAAUGAACAACUAGAGAAUGCACACAAAGUCAUCAGUGACUACCGGCAAGGUGUGAUGUCCCCCGGGCUGACAGAGGACGAGCUAUGGCGAGCCAAGUAUAUCUUUGACUCAGCCUUCCACCCAGACACCGGAGAGAAGAUGAUCCUGAUUGGCCGCAUGUCGGCUCAGGUCCCCAUGAACAUGACCAUCACUGGCUGUAUGAUGACCUUUUACAAGACAACUCCAGCUGUAGUCCUGUGGCAGUGGAUCAAUCAGUCCUUCAAUGCAAUAGUCAACUACACCAAUAGGAGUGGAGAUGCUCCUCUCUCAGUCAAUCAGCUUGGCACAGCCUAUGUAUCUGCUACCACAGGGGCAGUAGCCACGGCUCUAGGACUAAAUGCACUAACAAAGCACAUAUCUCCCCUCGUAGGGAGGUUAGUUCCCUUCGCUGCUGUUGCUGCUGCUAACUGCAUCAACAUCCCUCUCAUGAGGCAACGGGAACUGAAACACGGCAUUCCGAUAACCGACGAGAACGAUAACCGGUUAGGAGAGUCAACGACCGCCGCUAAGCAGGCUAUCUCCCAGGUGGUGGUGUCUAGAAUCCUCAUGGCCUCUCCUGGAAUGGCUAUCCCUCCAUUUUUAAUGAACACCUUGGAAAAGAAAGCCUUCCUGAAGAAGUUCCCGUGGAUGAGUGCACCUAUUCAAGUGGUCUUGGUGGGAUUCUGCCUGGUGUUUGCCACUCCACUGUGCUGUGCAUUGUUCCCCCAGAAGAGCUCUAUGUCAGUAAGCCGAUUGGAGCCAGAACUUCAGGAGAAGAUCCGUGUGAGCCACCCCGGUGUGGAGAGGGUCUACUUCAAUAAAGGACUAUGAGUGUCCAGCCCAACAGCAGCCUUCCUCAGAGCAGCUCUACUGGCAGACACCACAACCCUCCUCCUCAUUCUGUGCCAAAGUUCACUUCUGCUUCUAAUCCUCUCCUCUUUUCUCUCCUCUGCUCCUCAGACAGAAUCCCUUGAUUCUCUCCCCUCUCUGUCUCCCUCCCCCGCUCUCUCGUUCCAUCUCCCCUCUCCCUCUCGCCGUCUCUCUCCUCUCCCUCCUUCCCUCUGUCUCUCUUCUCUCUGUCUCUCGGUCUCCCCCUCUCUUUCUUCUCUCUCCCUCUCUCUUUCUUCUCUCUCCCUCUCUCUUUCUUCUCUCUCCCUCUCAUUCUUCUGUCUCCCUCUCAUUCUUCUGUCUCCCUCUCUCUUUCUUCUGUCUCCCUCUCUCUGUCUCCCCCUCUGCUCUCUCCCUCCUCCCCUCUGUCUCCCUCAGUCUUUUUGAGAUGUUUGCCUUGUCGCUGUGAUGUUCUGAAAGAUAUUGUCUCUCAUUGUGGAGCUGUGAUGAUGGUUUAUAGUGGGUCUGUGUACAGUAAGAGGAGAGGCUUCUAAGAUAGACGUAUGUUUGUUUGUAUUCCAACAGUUUUUUUAGUCUUUUUUGGGGGGGGAAUUGUAUUUAGCUGCCAAAACAUUUUCAUAUUAAAAACAGUUGUUUGUGUUCAGUGGGGAAGCAGGUAAAAUAACAGGGUCUGUAUUCCUGUAUUAGUAACUAUAGCAGUAAUCACUAUUAGUCAUUCUUAAUCUAACUCUGAUGCCUACUCCAAUAUUCAUUUCAAGUAUUUGCCAAAUCUCAACAAUGGUUUGUGAGACCUCUCAACAAUACACAACCUCUAGUAAUAUAUUAGUGUCAUUUUAGAGGAAGACAAUAUAACAUUCAUUUCAUUUGAAUGAAUUCAUAUUUGCCAAAUGAGUGAACUUUGCCAGGUCUGCGUCCCAAAUGGCAUCCAAUUCCCAUAAAUCCUCUGGCCAAAAGUUGUGCACUAUGUAGGGAAUAAUAGGGUGCCAAACGUAGUGCACUAUGUAGGGAAUAAUAGGGUGCUGUUUGGGAUGGUGUCUAUAUUGGGUCCAUGAGGGUUUACUCCCUCUAACAAUGUGAGAUCUUAUAUUGGUUUACAAUGACCGUUGUUCCAUAUAUUACUGGUGCUUUUGAUGCAAUAUCGUCAUAUAAUUGAUGUUUAUUCCAGACUAUUUAUUCUGCUUCCCAAACCAUGCAUGAACAAACCACUCCUCAUCAGUGUGAUAGUACGGCAUAUGGUUGGUUACAGGUGUGUUUCAGACCGAGUCAACUAGUCUGUCUGUAUAGUCACUUCAGGGCUACAUUCAGGGUGGCAUCCACAGCAGCUGUGUUUCAAAAACGAUGACAAAAUCUUAUGUUCUACAAAUACUGUCUACAGUUUGAUAUGUGGGGGGGUGCCAAAUCGCUUUGUUAAAGAGCAAAACCUUGCGGUCCUGAAUGCAACCCGGUCAUGAGGCUCCCACAGACCUUGCUGAACGAUGUGCCAAAGAGCUGAUGAUAUGUUUUAUUGUGCUACUCUGCUGCUGUCUCAGGCUAGCUAGACCAUCUCUCAGGCUAGACACAAGCACAGCAUGUCUUGUGCAUAUUUGUCAAUCCCUAAUUUUAAAAAUCUAUAUGACAGUGAAUUUAAGGAAUAGUGAAUGAUGUGAUCUGCUGGAAGAUUCACUCCAAUGCACAUGAUGUUAAACUCUGAACUACAGACAUAUCAGUGUAGCAAAACCAACUCUGGAUAAUAGCAGUACCUUUUAAAAAAGAUAAAGUGAUGUAUACACAGAAACAAUAGAGAAAUGGAUAGUUUCAAUGCUGUUUAUUCCAGAGUUUGUCUGAAAAUAAAAUAGAAGUAUAUAAUUUUUUAAAAAAUGUUUUAAAUAAUUGUGAACAUUCCGUUUGGUUGAUAACAGUAUCGUCCUUGUUCAUCGCAUUGUGGUUUUUGUAAGGUGUUUUUAAAUGUUUUAAGUAUGGAAAAAUAUAUAUCUACAGUAUUGACUUAAUAUGGUUCUAUAUAUAUAAGUCUUUUCAAAGAGAAUCCUGCUAUAGAAGUUGUUCUUACAGAUGGUAUGAAGCGAUGGAUAAUGUUUCUGUGUAUUUCGGUAGUUGAACGUAGCAUCGGCAGAUCUAGGCCGUGGUUCAAUCUAAGCCGUGUUAUAGAGCCAGUGGCAUUGGACUGACAAUGCAUCUUUAAAAAAAAAAAAAUGUUUAAAGGCAAUAUCUCUGACGUUCCACCAAGAUAUGUCUUCCCUGUAGCUCAGUUGGUAGAGCAUGGUGUUUGCAACGCCAGGGUUGUGGGUUCGAUUCCCACGGGGGGCCAGCACAGAAAAAAAUGUAAUAAUGAAAUGAAAUGUAUGCAUUCACUACUGUAAGUCGCUCUGGAUAAGAGCGUCUGCUAAAUGACUAAAAUCACAUUAAACGCUGCACACGUUGGCUCAAGUGUAAAUGACGUUAAAGUGUGCUGCUCUAUAACAUGCCAUCGGAUUGAAUCACGGUCUCAGCAUCUGUUCAUUGUUUGGUGUUUCUCAUAUGUAAAACAUUUAAUGCUAUGUUUGGGAAAAUACAAUAUGAAAAAGCACAAUAUUGUGAUUGAUGGUUGAUCUGAGAUACUGCACAUUUCUAAUUCUCAGUAUUUCAAACUUAAAGUCCUAUACAUUUAUUUAAGCACAUUCAUUAAUCAAAUAGAUUAAUGUAACUUUAAAAAGCAACAAUUAGCAAGAGAUAAGCACAAUGGAUUCUAAUAACUGACAUUUUUUCAACCAGUGGACAAUGUAUGAGUGUCUCUUUACUUUAGUCUUUAACUUGAUGUAUUAAACCCCAAGAAAUGCCAAAUGAACCUGCCCGAACAAACCUUAAUUAUUACAAAAUACAAUUAUUAGACUGAAGGCCAUUUAUUGUUAUUUACCUAUCUGCCAAAUCAAUCUGCUUUAAUGUCAAUCUAGCCAAAGUGAUACAAAUCCACUCGAAGGAAUAAGUCAUGACAGUUUACUGUAAUAUAAAUGAAAUGGGUAUUUUUAAGAAAGGGUAUUAUGAAAUACUGUUAAAAGUAGUUUUUUUUGGCGAUAAAUUUGGAAUGUUGUUAUGUCUAGACCUAACUGGAUGAAAUAAAAAAAAAAGAAUCUCAAAA